AUGACCUGUGAAAUGCAGACAAAAGCAUUCUUGAAUCCAACAUGCGCAGGAACAAACGACAUAGAAUAUGUUCAAUGCUAUUUAGAAGAAGAAGAAGAAGAGUUGGUGUUUAUGCGCAACUUUUCUGAAUUGAUUUUCAAAGAAGAAAACGACAUGCAAAGGAACAAUAUCUAUGACCUCUACAAUUACAAUCCUGUUUCAGGACAUGUGGAUGGACAGAAAGGAGAAGCUUGUACUGAAAGAGACAAUUUCUUUCCUCCUGUAUCAUACUAUGCUUCUGUAAUCUCACAUCUGCUUAGUCAGCCAGAAGCUAGCAGUGGUCUGGAUCCAGCCUUUCUUCUCCCUUCCUCACAGAAAAAUGAACUGCUGUUCCAAAGUGGCGGGAACAAUACAUUUUCCAAGGAAGCAUCUGCUCUUAGCCAGUUGCCAUUCUUUGGGAUGAGUAACUCUAGCCAGUUUGGUAAUGAACAUUUGCAAGCAAAGAGGGCCAGGGUAGAAAAUAUUAUCAGGGGCAUGAACAUCAUGCCAAGCUCCAUUGUGCCUGGUACCUUUGGGGAAUCAGGUGAACAUCACACAGAGAAGGAAAAGAACUACCGAGAGAAUAAGAGAAAACAGAAACUUCCUCAUCAGCAAAGUCCACAUGAAACUCCUCCAGUAAGACCUGGUAAAAGCAACAUCCGAGCAGAUGAACAUCUACAACGGAAAAAACAGCUCCAUGUUCUGCAGCAUCAGAUGAAACAACUUGGAAAGAAGUUUCUUCAACCAUGCAGUGAUGCCUGUCAAAACCAAAGAAGUAUGGAGAAAACUGUGCACUUGCUGAAGGAGAAGUUAGGGCAAUGUUUGGAUGAUGGUAAUCAAGCCAUUUUAAGUGACCAAAACCAAAAUCCUUUAUGGAGACUCAUCCCAAAGGAGGAAGGAUCCAAACUGUCAGAAAAAGAAGCUGCAAUGAUGGGUUCCAGUAUCCCAACUUCAGAAGACAACACACUUUCAGAGAUAUUAAAACAUGAAUUAAUCCAGGUAGUGACACAGGCUGUGGACUCUGUUUUGAAAAAAGUCUUGCCUAAUUCACCUGGCCUUCCAUCCCAGCUGUGCAAUUCUCCCCUACUGACAGUGUCAUCUACAGGAAGAGAAUUUAGUGGUGCUGGAGAAAAAAUCCCCAGAAAAUGGUUUCCUAACUUUUCUUCUCAUAAAGGUUCCACAUCACGAAUCACAGAAAAGCCUCCAGGAUUUCCAGCUUAUCCCAUCAGUUCAAAAGUUGAGAGAACAACACAAGUGAAUUGUCCCUUGAUCAUGACCUCUGAAGUUCAAAGAAAUGAUGUUCUUAGCCAAAUGCUACUGUGUAGUCAAAAUGGCCGCUGGGGUAGCCCUCCCACAAGGAUACCCUCUUCUCCAGAAUCCAUAGAUGUUCCUUGGCAACCAGUCAAACUGAAGUCCUCUGUCAUGCGACAACGAUAUCCAGUGUCCUUACAAUCUACUGAAAUGGAAAAUUUGGCCUCUCUUGUAGCUUCAAAAGCUGAAUUUUCUGAAUUGUGUGCUGCAGUGGAUGAGAUUCCUUUCCCCUCAGCUCAUGUUCAGGAAGCUCUGACCCCUGGCCAUCUGAGAAAAGCUAAGCUGAUGUUCUUCUUCACUCGCUACCCCUCAUCUUCUCUGCUGAAAGCCUACUUCCUCGAUGUUCAGUUCACCCGCUGUAUCACUUCCCAGCUCAUCAAAUGGUUCAGCAAUUUCCGUGAAUUUUACUACAUCCAGAUGGAAAAGUUUGCCAGGCAAGCCCUUUUAGAUGGAAUCACAGAUCCCAAUGACCUCCUCAUUUCAAGGGACUCUGAACUCUUCCGCAUUCUCAAUACACACUACAACAAAGGGAAUGAUUUUGAGGUUCCUGAUGGCUUUCUGGAUGUUGCCAGCUUAACCCUUCAGGAAUUCUUUGGUGCUAUUAGGGGAGGCAAGGACUUGGACCCUUCCUGGAAGAAACCAAUUUACAAAAUAAUUUCCAAACUAGACAGCAAGAUCCCAGAUACAUUCAAAUCCUCUAGUUGCCUCCAAGAGACAGUCCAGGGUUAACGUACCGUUGCCUGUGUCCAUGAAAUAACUGCUGUCCCUUGAGGGAAAGACCUGAUGAGUGUCAAGGCCCAGUCCCAACCAUAUGCUUUGUUUCCUGACCUCCAAGCAGUGUCAAUGAGACCUGAAUUAAUCUAGGAGGAAGACCUAAGCACAUCAAAAGACCUAGUGCUUUAUAGAGUGAAGUAGCAGGCCCCAUUCCAGAGGCUGAACCUCCUGUAUCCUUAAAUGGCUACAGUGCCAAUUGACAGUCUCAUUUAACAUGCAUCUUUUUCUUGGAAUUGCUGGAUUUAGCUAUAGUGUGGCUAAACAGUGUUGCAAACCCACAAAACAGAAAUAUCUAAAUAUCACUGAAACCCAUAGUUGGACCCCAGAGAAUGUUUCUGCUGACAGAAGGAUUUUCAUCAGGGAAGCAUAACUUCCUCACCUUCACCUUCCCACUGAACCCCAUAUUUCCCCCCUAAAAUGCUGCUCAUACGUUCUAUAUACACUCUAAUCCCAUGGAGAUAAUACAUAAUUGUUUCGGCUGCAAUGCUUGAAUAAUAGGGCCAAACUACAUGGAGCUUGUAAUAUGAGUCAUUCAGUGCACAUGGGGUGGUUUCGGCUUGGGAAAAUGGUGCGGGAGGGAAGGAUGGAACCCCUCUUCCCUUGGUGCGUAUCUGAACUAGGUCCCAGCACACUAAGGAAUAUUAGUUCCCAGACACCACAUAUGUUUAUAAAGAGGACAGGUUGGAGCAGCAUCACCCCAGCUUGUGGUACAGGUAAUGGCAAGUUCAUUUCGUGGCCUUUCUUCAGAGCAGCUCUGCAUUGGAUUGCUUGUCCCACUGGUUGCAUACACAACUUUUGCUGGAUGGUACCCAGUGUCCUUGCUUCCUAAUUGGUACCACUGAAAAAGCAACCUCUUUUAUCCCUGUGAUUAUUCAGCGUCAACCUUGUGUUACCGCGAUUUGCCAGGUAACAAUAAGUGAUUUCAGCUCAGCAACUUAAUGAGGCGCAGGAAG